AAGAGAGCAGCAACAGUACCAGCUAAUUUCCCCAUACAUGAAGAUCUCCCGGAGUAUAUCUACUCUCGUAUUUGGCACAUACCACUAAGAAGCAAUGAAAAAAUGGAGUCUGUAAUCAAUUUGUCGAAAUGUUUAAAGGUUGCUGAAUCGCUCGCACAAGAAGCCACGGAAGAAAAUCGACAAGCUUUGGAGACGUUUAUCACUGAGGAACGCUUGUUUUUACAAGAAGUGACAGGUCGCCUAAUUGGAGUUCGGCUAGCUGACCAAGAUCAAGAUCAAGGGCCUUUAGACAUAUUUGACUGUUUGGUGAUCAAGCGCCCUCGUGAUGAUCGAUCUCAAGUCGUUGCUGCUGGUCAACAGGAUCAACCUCCUUCGUCGCCACCGCAAGCUGGACCGUCACACCCUGUCCCUCCAGUGACGAGAUCCGCGUCAAAAAAGGCUGGUGGUCUCAAGCGUACCAUUGAAGAAAACCAGCGUGAUACUGCACUUGAUAAUGCAGUCGAAACUGAUGACGACAGCGCUGAAGAAGAUCCGAGUGGCGGUAGCAAUCGUGGUAACAACGGCGACAGCAACGGCGCCGACGGUGACCCAGUACCCGUUGUGGCUUCAAGUAGCCAAACUCGUCAUCUUCUUUCGAUGCAAAUUGCCAUGCUCGAGCGUUUACCUGACACUUUAUCAUUCGCUGCGUGCCCUUCUGCUGCAACCAAGACAAUCCCCGUACAACUUCCAUCAACGUUUAUUCGUAACAUAUUUGACGACCUUGAAUAUUUUACUGCGCCGAUAUACAUGAAUCUGCAUGCGCUUAUGGAAGCAGAAACAAACAUUGACAACAGGGCUCGACUGCAAGCUGCGAGAGACAGUGUGAAUGAUGCUCGUGUACGAUUGCAAGAGGGAUAUCGCAGAUAUUUUAAGUUACAAGAAGAAGAAAGGAUCCAAUAUGCAAGAGACCACCAUGGCCAGCAGAAUCGUCGGGCUGUCCGUUCCAAUGACCCAUAUUCUUUCCUUGUUGAUUUGGGCAUGGUACUACCAAGUUGCAAGACGGUGCUUUAAGGACAAAACAGUGUGGAUACGAAAAGUUUAUCAAUGAGACCCUCGAGGGUGCCGUAGAACCUGGUACACCGCGGUUUACGUUGCGUAUGAUCAGAACAGACGGCGUGCAACUGUUUGCGAACAUGACCGACUGGUCCAAACCUGGCUCAAGAGGCGGUUCUGGAACUACUACUUUGCGUUACCUGCCAGAAAUCAGAAAGAUGCUUGCACGUGCUGAAGCAAAUGGUAGGUAGCCGUAACAUAGGAGAAAUGC